GCUCUGAAAACCCAGAAGACUUUGGUUCAGUUGUGAUCCUUACUGAAGAUGAUCAGCAAGAGAUUGGAGGGCUGAUCAACUCUGAUGGUGAAGAAGUGGAUUUCUCAGAUCUGAGCUGGUUACGUUGCUGUUGAUAUCCUAAAGCUGUCUCUCCAGAGAGUCUCUUCCUCCACGGUAAGACAGAUGCCAGCUUCACUGACAGAACUUAUUGUACGGUCCAAAUGAGGACCAUCUUCAGCAGCUACAUUCGAAGGACGUGGAGCUGGAAUCUGUGUGCAGGAUGAAAGCUCAUUGGAGAGGCUACUGACUCUAUUGUUUAAUUUUUUAGUUAUUUGGGAACUGUUUCAAAAUUAAAUAUUGGCAGUUACCUCGCCCAGUCAGCUUUAUAGACAACAUCUGGUAACCUGAUUUCUGAAGUGCUUAUAAGCAUGGUGUUAGUUGUUCACACAGAUUCUUGGUUGCUGAUCUGUUCUUUGUGUUUCCACAGGAGUGAGUGCCAUCCCUGGCGCCAUACCUGCAGAUGCUCCCUCAAAGACAUUUGGUCCAAGCGAGAAUGAAAAACCGCCUUCUCUUCACACCUGCUCAGUAUGUGGAAAAGACUUUCCUUAUGCCUCUAAGCUUCAGCGUCACCUACGUACUCACUCGGGAGAGAGGCCUUUCCCGUGCUCCAUGUGUGAGAAGAGAUUUCCAGAAAAGGGGCUUCUCAUGAUCCAUGAAAGGGUUCACACUGGGGAAAAGCCAUUCCCUUGCACUUUCUGUGAGAAAAGAUUUGCCAGUCAGGGGGAGCUCCGGCUACACCGGCGGACACACACUGGUGAGAGGCCUUACCACUGCUCCAUCUGUCUAAAGAGCUUUUCUCGUCACUGGCACUUGAAAACGCACUUGGAGGCAAUGCACUCUGAGGUUGUCGCAGGCUUUACGAGGAAGAAAUUUCCCUGUUCAGACUGUGAGAAAAGCUGUAACUCAGCUGCUGAAUUGAGGGAUCAUCAGAGGACUCACACUGGAGAAAGACCCUUCCAGUGCUCUUUCUGUGACAAACGCUUUGCCUUGUCCGGUACACUUGUAAGACACGAGCGUCUCCAUACUGGCAUCACGCCUUACCACUGCUCUGACUGCGGAAAGACAUUUGCACAGCAGUGGACCCUGACCACACACAUGCGGACUCACACGGGAGAGAAACCUUACAGCUGCACGCAGUGCGAUAAGUCUUUUGUUGCUCCUGGAGAGCUUCGGAGGCACACCAGGAUUCACACUGGGGAAAAGCCAUACACCUGCGCAGACUGUGGGAGGCACUUCUCAUUGGCAGGAACUCUCAGAAACCAUAAACGGUCAUGCACACAGAGCAAGAAGGAGUCGGAUACAGAGGUUGUGUCAGACUUAGUUCAGGCUGCAGCUGAAGAAUCUUCCCAGCGAGAUCUGGCCAGCAGCAUCAGCUCUGAGGUGUCUGUCAGUCAGACUGUGCCUUGUGCAACUGAGCCCACUUCCGCAGAGGGUUUUAAAAAAGCAGCUCAGUGUGAAAAUACCCCGGAAGGACCCAUCGGCCAGCCGGACGACACUGCUCCCACCCCACAUAUGAAUGUAAUCGUGAAAGAGGAGGAAGAAGAGGAACCAUUGUGCGUGGAAGAAACUCCAGAGCAGGUGUCUGUUGGUGAGGACUGUACCAUACCAGAAGAAACUGAAAAGCAGCGUCAGGAAAGCACCACAGAAAUUAGUAUUACAGUAAAGGAGGAAGAACAGCAACCUCUCAAUAUGUCUGGAAAAGAUCCCGAGCAUGUUGCAAACAGUGAAAAAGAAUGCCCUCCAGCACCGCCAGUGCGGGGAGAGUCAAAUAACAACAUACCAAAGAGCUCUUACUGCUGUGGCCUCUGUGGAAGAGACUGCCACAAGAUGUCUGCGCUUCAGAUCCACAUGCGAAUUCACUCUGGAGAGAAGCCGUACCGCUGCACCCUGUGCGGGAAACAGUUCACCCAGAAAGGGCAACUCAAAGGUCACUAUAAAGUUCACACAGGAGAGAAACCGUUUUCCUGUCCGGACUGUGGGAAGAGCUUCGCCCACUCGGGGGCCAUGAACAGACAUCGGCUCACGCACACAGGAGAGAGGCCCUACCACUGCUCCGUGUGCGACAGGAGCUUCAACCAGUCCGGCCGCUUGAGGGAACACGAGAAAAUCCACUUAGGUGAGAAGUUUGACUGUCCUGAGUGUGAAAAGAGUUUCACACGAGCUUCAAGCCUAAAGAAUCACUUCAGGCUCCACACAGGAGAGAGGCCUUAUGGCUGUGACAUCUGUGGGAGAGGCUUCAGCCGCUCACAAAGCCUCAGGCUCCACAGACGAAAACACGAGCAGAUUCAGACUGAGGAGGAGUCUGCGUUCAAUAUGAGGAAUGAUGACUUCUCACACAGCGAUGAUAACUCUCCAAUUAAUAUGUGCAUAACAGACAAGAAAGAUGGAUGAUGUAUUUAAAAGACAUGUACCUGUAGUAUUAUUAAGACUUCAGACAGUAAAACAGGAACAAGGUGAUGUGGAAAUAAGGGACUACCUCUGUGAUUAGAACUUUAUUCAUACUUUUGUGUGGUUUUUCACACUAGGGAUGUGCAGCACUAGUCAGGCAGGCGACUACAUGUUGCUUUCCUCACUAGUCAUCGCAAGAAAUGUUAGCGCUAUAAGCAAAAUAUUCAUAUUUCUUAAUGUAUAAUGCCAGUAAACUGUUCUAAGGUGUUAUGUAGGAGUGUAGCCCCAGCAGCACGCCUCUCUUUCUUUCUGUGACAAGAACCUGAAAGCAAGCAAUGUGAAAAACAAGCAGACGACAGAUGCACUAACCAGUGCGGUAUGGAAGUAUUUUGAUCUUUUAAAAAAGUGAACAGCUGCAUGUAGGCCAUGGCAGAAACUGCUACUGGAGCGGUGCAUGAACACAGUCUGCACAGACGUGUGGACGUUUACCUGCACGGACAGAAACGUUAGCCACACCUGGUAAACUAACCUUGUACACUAACGUUGUGUGGGCAGUGCUAGACACGGCUCAGCACACAUUUCAGCUGCAUUAUAAUAUGGUUGAACAUUUAAAGAAUGUGAUUAGCUGUUUUAAAUGGGUCUCAAGUACACAAGCAGUAUAUGUGCGUCUACUAGACUGAAAUUUUACUGUCAUAACUUUUUUUCUCACAUUGGUUGACUGGUCCGAUUUUCUUUUCAUUAGUUUUUUUCCCGAAUUUACAUGAAAAUAAUACUAACUUUAAAAAAUGUAACUCCCUGAAGAGUGUAGACAGGCUUCUAAAUAGAUACACACCAAGUGAUGUUCAUUAACACCAACCAAACAUAUUUCUACUAAUUUAUGUAACAUCUUGGAAAGUGUUUAAAAUUCUACAUGUUGGAGGUCACUUUUACCUAACUCUGUCACUGAUUAUCUGUCCUGGAGCCACUGGAAUAGUCCACUCACACUUAUUAUUAUGAGUGACUGAUUUAAAAGUCUGUGAUUACACUUGUUUUUCAUGCAGUAUUUGUUAUCAGGCUAAUAGUGUAUGUGGAAAUUUGGUUGAAUAUUUUUGUACUAAGCGUUAUAGUGGCCCAUUAAGCAGUUUAAGAAUCAGGUUAAUCUGAACCUUCUUUCAGACAUUUAGCCAGAAAUGAAACAAAAUGUCAUAAAAUAAACAAUAAUGAAGCCAGUCUUCUGUAAGUGGCGAAUGCUUAUUAAGUCUUGUUUUCGAUUGUUACUUAUUAGCCAGAUAACAAUUCGGGUUCACCUGAUUUUGUCGUCUUUUAAAGGCCGAGUAACCGACAUGAUUAAAGGUACCAUCCUCUAAUUCUGUGAUGCUAAAGGCAAUAAUUUGAAGCCAUGUAGGUGGUUAAUUAUGCCAUGUGCUGCCUCUGUCUAAAUGUAUGGGACAUGUCAUGUUGAACAAUAAAAGUUCUAAACACUA